CCGACAAUUCUCAUCAUAACUCCGAGAAUAGAAUUGAACUCGUUUCUUGGGUUCAUCUCUAUACAUCUCUGUCUAUUCUGUUCCGUAACUUAAUAGCUAUCGACACCCUUUAAUCAUCACCGCCAACAUGCCUCCUGCCACCGCCGAAAGCGCGUCGCCAAUUGGCAUUGCCAAUCUGCCCAACCAGCGACACAAGAUCGUUGCUAAGCGAGGUGCUGCUUUUACUAUCAUGGUUGCUGGUGAAUCGGGAUUGGGCAAGACCACCUUCAUCAACACCCUCUUUUCCACUACCAUCAAGAACUAUGCCGACCACAAGCGACGACACCAGAAGCAGGUUGACAAGACCGUCGAGAUUGAGAUUACCAAGGCUGAGCUGGAGGAGAAGUUCUUCAAGGUACGCCUGACCGUUAUUGACACUCCAGGCUUUGGAGACUACGUGAACAACCGAGAUUCGUGGAUGCCUAUCAUCGAGUUCUUGGAUGACCAGCACGAGUCCUACAUGCUUCAGGAGCAACAACCCCGCCGAAAUGAUAAGAUUGAUCUUCGUGUCCACGCCUGCUUGUACUUCAUCAGACCAACCGGCCACACCCUUAAGCCUCUAGAUAUUGAGGUUAUGAAGAGACUCUGCUCCAGAGUUAACCUGAUUCCCGUCAUCGCCAAGGCUGAUACCUUGAGCCCUGUUGAUCUUGCCAAAUUCAAGGCUAAGAUCCGUGCCGUCAUUGAGGCCCAGAGCAUCAAGAUCUACCAGCCCCCGGUUGAGGAGGAUGACGAAGCUGCUGCCCAGCACGCGCGUAGCCUUAUGGCCGCUAUGCCAUUCGCUGUUAUUGGCUCUGAGAAGGACGUCAAGACCGGCGAUGGACGUAUCGUCAAGGGCCGCCAGUACUCCUGGGGUGUUGCCGAGGUCGAGAACGAGGACCACUGCGAUUUCAAGAAGCUGCGCUCGAUCUUAAUCCGCACUCACAUGCUUGACCUCAUCCACACGACCGAGGAGUUACAUUACGAGGCGUACCGUGCUCAACAGAUGGAGACCCGGAAGUUCGGCGAGGCUCGUCCCCGCAAGCUCGAUAACCCCAAGUACAAGGAGGAGGAAGAGGCUCUUCGCAAGCGCUUCACCGAGCAGGUCAAGAUCGAGGAACAACGAUUCCGACAAUGGGAGCAGAAGCUCAUUGCCGAGCGCGAUCGCCUCAACAAGGAUCUCGAGCAGACCCACGCUCAGAUCAAGCAGCUCGAGAACGAAUUGGAGCAAAUGCAGGGCAGCGUUGCUCGCAGCGGUCGUCGCUAGAAUCGCUAGAACACUUUUUACCAUAUUCGGCAACUAGAAAGUUUUGGUUCGGCUAGUGCUAGUUAACGCUUUUUCCCAUCUGAGACGGGUGUGUACGGAG